UUCCGGUGCGGAGUCCUCCUGUGGUUGCUUCCCCCUCCCCUUCCCUCCUUCCGUGGCGCCGAGGGGCCCCGGGGCUUCCGGGGCCAUAGAGGGGGGCUAGAGUGGCCCCCAGCGAGAGGGGCCCGACCGCGACCCACCCGCCCGCCCGCGGAACGCCGCCGCCGUCUCGGGCAUGUCCGCGCGGGGCCGCCGCCGCUGGCUCUGAGGCUGGAGCGGGCCGGGGCGGGCGGGGGAGACGCUCGAGACCCCCGGCCCCGCCCCGCCCCGCCUGCGGCAGCGGCAGCGGCAGCACCCAGGAGUCCGGGUGACUGGGCUCGGCCUGGCCCGGCAGACCGCGGCGGGGAGAUGUGGCCCUGACUGGUAGCCAUGCCAGCCUGUUGACAUGGAGCUGUGAGCUCCCCUUUAACACCGGCAGUUUCAUUGCCACCCCAGCCCUCACCCCCAGCUCUACAGACACAAAGGCCUUCUCUGAAGCCCCUGCUGGACUGAGGGGCCCUGCCCCCACUUGCCUGUCUCCCAGUGCCAGACCCACCCUGCUGUCACCAUGUCGACUUCGUCACUUCGGCGCCAGAUGAAGAAUAUUGUGCACAACUACUCAGAGGCAGAGAUCAAGGUGCGGGAGGCUACAUCCAAUGACCCAUGGGGCCCGUCUAGCUCGCUCAUGUCCGAGAUAGCUGACCUCACCUACAACGUGGUUGCAUUCUCUGAGAUCAUGAGCAUGAUCUGGAAACGCCUCAAUGACCAUGGCAAGAACUGGCGCCACGUCUACAAGGCCAUGACGCUAAUGGAGUACCUGAUCAAGACAGGCUCAGAGCGUGUGGCACAGCAGUGCAAGGAGAACAUCUACGCUAUCCAGACCCUGAAGGACUUCCAGUACGUUGACCGUGAUGGCAAGGACCAGGGGGUCAACGUGCGUGAGAAAGCCAAGCAGCUGGUGGCUCUGCUCAAGGACGAUGAGCGUCUCAAGGAGGAGCGUGCCCAUGCCCUCAAGACUAAGGAGAAGCUGGCCCAGACGUCCACAGCCUCCUCAGCCUCAAGUGCCAGUGCCCCCACAGAUGCAGAGCAGGCCUGGCCGCAGAGCAGCGGGGAGGAGGAGCUGCAGUUACAGCUGGCAUUGGCCAUGAGCAAGGAGGAGGCUGAGCAGCCCCCUGCCGCAGCUGAAGAGGACCUGCAGCUCCAGCUUGCCCUUAGCUUGAGCAAGGAGGAGCACGACAAGUCAGGGGCAGCAUCACCUCCGUGUUCUGGGGGUCUCUUGAGGGCCCCGCUCUUCUCAGCGUGUCCAGGUGCCUGCAUACAGGAGGAGCGCAUCCGGCGAGGAGAUGACCUGCGCCUCCAGAUGGCCAUUGAGGAGAGCAAGAAGGAGACUGUGCCGGCCCGGAGUGAGGAGUCAUCACUGAUGGACCUGGCUGACGUCUUCACAGCUCCAGCCCCCCCAGCCAUAGGGGACCCCUGGAACACCACAGCCCCUGCUGACCCUUGGGGCACUUCUGGGCCUGCCCCAGCUGGGCCCCCAGCUGGGCCCCCAGCCUCUGACCCAUGGGGUGGGACCCCUAGUGGCCCACCUCCCAGCAGCGACCCAUGGGGGGCAGCUGCCCCCAUCCCUGCUGUGGGCUCUGCAGAUCCCUGGGGAGGUGACCAAACCACCACUAACUCGGAUCCCUGGAAUUCUGAAGCUCAAGCCGUGGAUGUGGCAGCCCCCUUUGCAAGAGUGCCCUGCCCUAGUGGCACCUCUCGGCUAGGAACAGGAGGGGGUGCUGCUGGGAGCGGAGCAGCUCCCACCAAUGACCCAUGGGCAUCAGUCCCAGCUCCCACCCCCACUGCCCAGGUGAAGCCCCCACAGGACCCUUGGGCCCCAGCACAGACCUUCUCUGACCCUUGGGGAGGCUCUCCAUCAAAGCCCAGCACCAAUGGCACUGCAGCUGGUGGAGGCUUUGAGCAGUUCGGCAGCCCUGGUGAGACUGAUGAGUUCUCUGACUUCGACAGUCUACGUACAACGCUACCCAAAUCUGGGAGCAGCACAGGAGAACUGGACCUGUUGGCAGGGGAGGUGCCAGUGUCACGUGUAGCUGGCACCAAGAGCCCCAGCACCUUCGACAUGGCGGCUGUCGGGGGGUCACUGGCUGAGGUCUCCAAAUCCACACGCAAGACCCCCGAGUCCUUCCUGGGACCCAAUGCUGCCCUUGUCGACCUGGACUCACUUGUCUCUGCCAAGCCCCCUGCUGCCUCGACCGCCAAGACCUCCAACCCCUUCUUGCCCACCGGGGCAGCUCCAGUGGCGUCAGCAACAGCAGCAGGACCUGUGGCAGGCGCCUCAACCACCAACCCAUUCCAGCAGCCUCAGGCGGCUUCCCUCACUCUCAGCCAGCUGCGCGUCAGCCCUGUAAUGGCACUGGGGCAGCCUGGGCCAACUGCUGCCCCCUUUGCUGCUCCCAUGGUCUCUGUCUCCCCUAUGGCUCCUGGUGUGCCCCUCACCUCUGUCUCCCCUAUGGUGGGAAUGCAGCCCUUGGCACCUGUGCCCACACCUAUGGGGCUGCCUCCCAUGAUGGCCCCACCACCUGUGGGAUCUGGCACCACCUCAGCCCAGAGCCUGGCCAACACUAACCCCUUUCUGCUAUAAGGGGAUAGGCUGCUGACCCCUCCCCAGACAGGGCUGACCCUGGGCAGGGUAUUAUAGCCCCCCCAUCUCCCUCCCAUUGUUUCAGCCUCCCAGGGCCUCUGUCUCCUCCCCCUAGCCCUGGGGUAUUAACAGGAGGGUCUGUGGGAGUGAAUUACCCCUACCCCAGGGCUCUGCUUAACUGCUCCGUUCAUGAGGUGGGAAUGUUAAGCCCUGCCUUUCUAUUUUCAGCCCUGGAUUGGGGCAGGGCUUGAGCUUGGUCCUGUGUGGCUGCUCUGGGGGAGGGGGUGGGAGCUCUCUGGCCUGUGGGUCUUCAACCCUGCCUCCACCUUAAAUUUCUGCCUUUAACCUGCCCGCUGUACCCUCUACCUUCAUGAAUUUUGGGUGCUGCCCCUUUAAAUUAUCAUUGCUCCUUAGCUCUGAGACUCAAAUCACACUAAUGCCCCUGCAGCUUGGGCCCUUCAGGGGGCAGCUGCGGCCCCAGUGCACACACUAGGCGGCCCCUGCCUCCUCCCUGCCCCUGGAAGUCUUGAUGCCUGGAAGGGGAGGACACUGUGCUGCCGCCCAGGGGGCUGCAGGACUGCCCAGGGGCAGGAUCCCCCUUUCUCACGGGCAGCACUGGGACCUGCUUGGAGACCUAGGGCCAACUCCAGCCUGUGGGGCUGGCUGGAGAAGAAGGAACGAAGUCGGGUGAGCUACCCCCGCCCCCCCCAGGCCCGGCAGCUGUGGGGCUGGGCUGGGCUGCGGCUGCUCGUGUCUGCGCCCCGGGGGCGGAUCUUGAUCUCCUUCUCCUGGACCAAAGGCAGCCCUGCCGGGCCGGCUUCCCCUGCAUGCUGUCCUCGCCCCGGCCCCGAGGUGGAAGUGGCUCGUGUGUGUGUUGCUGUGACGCUUGGACCCGGGCCCCCCCCCCCCCCCGCCCGGCAGCCCCGUGGGGGGCGCAGCAGCCGGCCACAGACCGCUCGCAGCCCCGUGUACGCGGAACAUGCUCAAGUGAUUCAUAAUAAAUAAUAAACGGAG